UGUACCUCCACAACAUAUCCAAAAAGUGAUAAAGAAGACAAGAAAAAGAAAAAGAAAAUGGCAGUCAAACCGCUCACCCAAAAGCCCAAACCAAACCUCCUCCGCCAAUUUUCCAACUUCAUCUCCACAGUCACAGGCCUCGAGAAGACCUGCCGUCUCAUUCAAUCCUUCGCCCAAAUAGUAAUACAACUCAAUAUCCCCCCGGGGUCAACCACAACCGCGCAAUGGGAGACUGCCAUAUCGCAAAUCGCACUGACGAGACGGUUUUUCCGCUUCUUCGCGUUCAUCAAUUGCUUUAGCCAAGUGUAUGAGCUGCUUGGCGGGGCGCAGAGUCUAGGGUUGUUUAUGACCUUGGUUGAGAUUGGGAGGUGGAGUUGUUUGGGGCUGUAUCUGGUGCUGGAGGACUUGACUAUUCUCCACGCGUUGGGCGUCCACCCCGUCGCCUGGAAUACGCCUGUCCUGGUCGAAGCCUUCAAAUUCUGGUUCUAUUCUCUUGCAUUAUCCGUCUUCGGUGCUGUUUGCGGUUUACUAUUUACUUCCUCUUCACCUGCUAGUAAUAAGACCAGCAACAAUGAGAAAACGAAAGAGAACAAGAACGCCGAGAAGACGGCACCCAAUACCGACGAUUCUCAAGCCAAGGCCCAGAGAACUGCCCUCAUGAAGCGCAUCGUGGCCGACGGAUGCGAUCUCCUGAUUCCGGGGGUGUUCGUCGGCUGGAUGCAGAUUAGUGAUCUGAUGAUUAGCGUGACGAUGGUGAUCAGUACGGUUGUUUCUGGGGGAGACGCUUGGGUGAAGGCGCAGGAGUGAGUUAAGGUUUAAAAGGGGGGGGGUUGGCUAGAUAGUUAGAUUGCACAAGUCAUGGGUGGAUUGCUGGGUAUGAAGUGUGAUUUAUAUGGCUUGGUUUGAUAGAGGGUUGGUUAUAGAUAUAUAGAUGUCAUUUGGAAUGGCGGAUUGGUGAUUCGGGAUAGAGUGCGAAGUAAGC